UGGCGAAGCUGCUCAUUCCUCUCCUAAAAAGGACAGUUAAAUGCCACCCAAAGGACAGCUAAGACCUCCUAAAGCUCCUGUCAAAACAGCAGUGUGGCCACCCAAAAGCUGAUCCAGCUGAAGGAACCAACGUGUCUCUUCCCUCUGGCUUGGCCGCUCUGUUUGCAUUGCUCUGCUUCACCUCUAAUCCGGGCUUGGAAGGCCUUGUCCUGCCCUCGGCCCAUGGCCCCAGCUGCUAGCCGUGGGGCUCAGCCCAGGGACCCCCCUGACCCCCGCUCUUGCCGUUCCCCCCCAGCUGGGUGCCAUGGCCGUGCCGCUGGGGCUGCUGCUGGCCCUGCUGGGCUGCACCGCAGCGCCGGAUCCUGCCCUGGAGGAGACUUGGGAAGGGUGGAAGAUCCUCCACGCCAAGGAGUACCCAGGGGAGGUCGAGGCCGCCCGCAGAGAGGUCUGGGAGAAGAACCUGCGGCGCAUCCAGCAGCACAACUGGGAAGAGUCGCAGGGGCAGCACGCCUUCCGCCUGGCCAUGAACCACUACGGGGACCUGACGGAUGAGGAGUUUAACCAACUCCUGAACGGCUUCACCCCGGCGUGGCGGGAGGAGCCGGUGCCACUCUUCCAAGCGUCAGCAGCCCUGAAGACCCCGGCAGAGGUGGACUGGCGGGCGAAGGGCUACGUGACACCCGUGAAGAACCAGGGGCACUGCGGGUCGUGCUGGGCAUUCAGUGCCACGGGGGCCUUGGAGGGGCUUGUCUUCAACCGGACGGGGAAGCUGGUGGUGCUGAGCGAGCAGAACCUCAUCGACUGCUCCCGAAAGCUGGGCAACAACGGCUGCCACGGCGGCUACAUGACCCGCGCCUUCCAGUACGUGCAUGACAACGGCGGCUUGAACUCGGAGCACGUCUACCCCUACAUGGCCACGGACACCUCCAGCUGCCGAUACAACCCCCAGGACAGGGCGGCCAACUGCUCCGCCAUCUGGCUGGUGGCCCAGGGCAGCGAGGCGGCGCUGGAGCAGGCGGUGGCGACCGUGGGCCCCGUGUCUGUGGCGGUGGAUGCCAGCGGCUUCCACUUCCACUUCUACCAGUCGGGCAUCUUCAGCAGCAUGUUUUGCAGCCAGCGAGUGAACCACGGGAUGCUGGCCGUGGGCUACGGCACGAGCCAGGAGCGCGGGCGCAACGUGAGCUACUGGAUCUUAAAGAACAGCUGGUCGGAGGCGUGGGGUGAGCAGGGCUACAUCCGCCUGCUGAAGGGAGCCGACAACCAGUGCGGGGUGGCCAACCAGGCCAGCUUCCCCGCGCUGUGAGCCAGGACAUCCCUCCCUCCCUCCCCAGGCGUCUCUCCCUGCCCUAGCUGCGGAUCCACGGCUGUUUCCUUCUGGAAAAGGGCUUUUGUUGCCGCGCACGGUGAGAAGCCGUUAAAAGUGGCACGGCUAAUCGCUCUGCGCCUGCAAACGGUGGCCGGGCAUGGCUUGGUGGCUGAGGCAAGGCUGAUGCAGCCGGUCCUUUUCCUGGUGGGAAAGGCAAAGCUCUCUCCACACGAUGCUCGGCGAGCGGGCGCUUUCUCCGUGCCUUUCCUCCCAGCCUGGCCGUCUCUUUCCCCUCCUGCGGCCCCUUUUCCUUCCAGCUGAAUCCCAAAGGCCACAAGCCAGGGCUGGAUUUUCUGGCCGUGGCUGCAGCUCUGCCCGACUCUGCAGGGGCCGAGCCAACGACGCGGCCCCUGCACGCCCAGCUCUUUUAAAAAUAGGUCUUUACCUCAUUAAACCUGCGUGACAAGGCAGAAAAUGAA